AUGGCGAAAGGCAUGCAAACAUUAAUAGAGGCGAGUGACGAUGACCUUUUCGACUACAGAUUUACGGUGGAUGGACCUGUGAACGAACUGGAGAUCGAACUCAAACCAGGAGGCAAAGACGUGGUCGUGACCACAGCAAAUGUUCGAGAGUACAUCAAGCUUUACGCCAGGCACUACACAGCAUCCUCCCAGUUCGAUGUAUUCAGUGAGAGUUUUCGAAGCAUGUUCGGUCGUUUCGGUCUUCACCAACGUUUCGCACCACAAGAGCUAGCUUUGGUUAUGAGAAAGGCUACACAGCAAACGAUCGUGUGGUCAAGAUGUUUUGGAGUCUUGACGGGUGCAAACCAUGUACCCAUUGGUGGUUUCCAGGAGAUUAGUCCUAGGAUGUGGCCCAUGGGAGGAGACCAAGAUUGUAGGGGAGAACCCCCAAAAGACAUGUGCCCUGAGGUGAAUACUUGUCACGGUUUCAUCGUGCUUCAUCUCCCGAUGUACAGGAAAAGGGAGCAUCUCAAAGAACGACUCAUGUAG